AUGCCAGCUGUCGGGUCUCACUUGCAAGACCACUUAGCGAUGCCAGUCGAGUUCACCACACCAAGCAGUGACUCCCUCCACUACCUACUCUCGAGCCCGUUGCAAGCAAUUCUCGAGUUCCUCAAGUACCUCUUGAUGGGUGUCGGCAUUCUCUCCCAUGCGUUCCAAUACAACUCCACCUUCUUUCCUACCCGCCUACUGCGCGAUGACCUCACGAUCGAUAAGGACGACCCACGCAACAACGACACUUCCGUACCGGACAAUCGUCCUGAUAUCGAGUACAUGCAUAUCCCAAAUGACUGCAUCGGUGUCCAGGCGCCAGGGAAGGGUGCUUACUCGUUCCUCGUGACGCUCAUACGUCCCAAGUCCGAGGGUACCGUUCGCCUUGCGUCCACGGACCCUCGCACACCACCCGCAAUCGACCUUGGGUAUCUCACGGUACCUGAAGACUACGCUCCUCUUCGCGCAGGCGUGCGGUUGGCUCUCCGAGUCGCCGAAGACGUCCGGAACCAGGGCUACCUGUUCGGGAAUCUCCACGUUCCGGAGGCCGAUACGGACGAGGAGAUUGACAGAUUCAUUCGCAAGAAUCUCAUAUCAUGCUAUCAUUACACCUCUACCUGCCGCAUGGGCAACAAGACCCACGGUGCUCGUCCGAGUGUCGUCGACGCCAAGCUGAAGGUACAUGGAGUUCAGGGUCUGCAGGCUUGUGACGCCUCGGUCUUUCCUGAGAUCAUUUGCUCCCAUACGAUGGCUCCCUCGGUCAUGGUGGCGGAGAAGUGUGCGGAUAUGAUCAAGGCUGAGUACAGGGAAUGA